AUGCCUCAACGUCAGCCUGAUCCUAAAGGAAAGAAAACUUUGAGGCUAGAAAAAGCUUUACAGGAGAAAGAGACGGGAAACAAUUUCUUUAAAAAAGGUGACUACAAAAAAGCGAUCGAACACUAUGGGAAGGCUAAUGCUUUGGAUCCCAAAGAAGCGGUUUACGUUAUAAACCGCGCCAUGGCUUACUUAAAGCUUAAAAAAUGGGUUGAGGCCGAAAAGGAUUGUACUAAUGGAUUGCUAUUGCAUCCUGAUAAUACAAAAGCCCUUUGGAGAAGGGGAAUUGCAAGACGAGAAUUGGGAAAAUUACAAGAUGCCAAAAAAGACUUGGAAAAUGCAUUACAGCUAGAACCAAAUGAUAAGGCGAUUAAGGACGAGUAUGUAAAAGUGAUGGAUGCUAUAAAGGCGAAUUCAUCUGAUCAAACGUCCAGCGAAGUUCCAGAUGGUUCAAUUGUGAAUAAUAUACAUAGGAGACGAUUGUCUAUUGAAGAAGUCGAUCUUGAUGAGAAUGAACAUGUUAUUGAAUCAGCGAAAAAGGUGCUUUUUACAGAUGAAAAUAAUGCAUCACAACAAAUCGUAAAUGAAAACGGCAAGAUAAAAGUAAUAAAAAUAAAUACUCCUCGUAAUAUACAUGAUUUUGAACGAGACUGGAAUAGAUAUCAAGAUAAUGAUGAGAAUUUAUAUCAAUUUAUUAAGGCUAUUCCUCCUGCAUCUUAUCCAACUCUUUUAUCUGACUUCUUCGAGCCUGAUUACCUUUCCAAAAUCGUUUUCAUAAUGAAAAAAUACUUUUUACUCUAUGAUUCAUUAAAUGAUAUUUAUAAUAUUUUAUAUUAUUUGAGCCGUGUUGGAAGGUUUAAUCUAGUUCUAAUGCUCUUAGAAAAAGAUGAUAAAAAAGUAUUAGAAGAUUUAUUAUACAUGUUAUUUAAAUCAUUUGAUGAAUCACAAAUUGAUAACAUCGAUAUCAAUCAACAAAAAUUGACAAAAGCAACACGACAAAACGUGAUAGAAUUGGCUAAAACUUAUGUUGAAAAAGCCACCAUACAAAGAAAGAUGGUAAAGGAACAUGCAAUCCCAUAUUCAACUAAUUGCACCAACGGUACAAUAAAGUCAAAAAUGCAAACCAAAUCCAAGGUUCGGUUUGAUUCUAUUAUAGACGCACUUAAAGAUUUUUCUGAAGGUAAAUUUGUACUGGUUGUUGACAACGAAGAUCGUGAAAACGAAGGCGAUUUAAUCAUUGCUGCUGAAAAAGUAACUACAGAAAAAAUGGCAUUCAUGGUUCGGCAUACAAGCGGGUUAAUAUGUGUACCGACUACUCCAGAACGAUUGGAUCAGUUACAACUGCCUUUGAUGGUGCCGAACAAUACCGAAAAAAUGAAAACUGCAUACACGAUAUCGGUGGAUUACAAAUAUAAUACUACGACCGGUAUAUCAGCGCAUGACCGUGCAUUAACAGCACGUUCACUUGCUAAUCCAGCUAUUACUGAUCCAAGUGAUUUUAAUAGGCCUGGUCAUGUGUUUCCAUUAAGAUAUCGCGAAGGUGGAGUUUUGAAAAGAAUUGGCCAUACAGAAGCUUCAAUAGCGGGUUUGCAACCAGUUGGUGUUAUCUGUGAAUUGGUAAGGGACGAUGGGCAAAUGGCGCGUCGCGAUGAUUGUCGCGCAUUUGCAGAUGAGCAUAAUUUAAAGCUCAUUACUAUCGCAGAUCUAGUACAAUAUCGUUUAGAUAAUGGACUUUUUGAUAUUUAG